UGUUUGUGUCAGUGUUUCCCAAAACACCGCCAAUUUGGUAUUCAUGGUGAAGAGUCACUGGUGAUAUCUCAGUGAAGGCGGGAGGAUGAGAGACGCAGAAGUUUAGAAGAAGAAGAAGAAAGAAGAGUAAGAAGAAGAAGCUCAGCUAGUUAGCUUGGUGGCAGUUUGACAAUUAGAAGUAGCAUAACUGAAAAACUCAGUGGAAUGGCCACAAUAAAAUACAAUGAUGCCUGCCUUCCCUUUGCUGCUCUCCAGCUACUGGCACCACCUGUCCGCCUGCUUUCCGCAGCUAUGUGGAAAGUGUUGAAAAAUAAAGAUGUGAUGCAGUAUGGAAUUGUUGAAGAAAUCAUCACCUCAGCCUGUGAGACCGUCCCAGGUCUACUCACGUUGAGACACCAAAGCAAGCUGGUACUGGGACUGAGGGCUCGGUUAAUCUUAGAAUUGUGCUGCACACGACCUGAUGCCAAAGUGAUAGCUGCACAUCUGGAAAGGAUUUGUGUUCCUACUGUACCUUCAUCCUCCUCUACCUCUACUGUGAAAAAGGAUGUGAAAAUCAUGAGAACAGUGGAAAAUUUCCAUUCUUUUAUUAACACCAUACUGACCAACCAGGAAGAGAGAGAACGCUUUUUUGAGCAACAGUUUUCUGUAGAUUAUGGUCCUAAGUUUGAUCAGGAGCUGGAGAAUCUCCUCUGGGAGUUUUUAAUUCGCCUAGACCAGCUGCUUCCAGUUCCCAACCUGGUGCAGACGGUGUCCUGGCUCACUGAUGCUCCAGCUGUUCUAGAGGAGUGUGCCCAGGCAGCCACCCAACCCCAGCUCCUAAAGAUGAUUCUGGAGCACCAGGCUUGCCUGGGUCACCUGGAGUCAGCAGCAUCUUUACCCCCAAACAUGGGAGACUCCAUCCUGGCUUCCCUUUCUCUGCCACCAUCUGGAAGGGUGGCAUCAAAUAAACCAACAGGUGGCAGCACACCUUCUGCUGAGCAGUUCAAUAUCACACAGCCAAGAGACACAACACCUUUUAUUACACCUGUGAUUGGGCUAAUUUCUAAUGAAGAUGUACCAAUCAUGAUUUCUGCCAGCAAAAGAACAAUUCAAGGGGAUGAGGCAUCCAGCACAGAAGAUGGAAUGAAAGAGAAACUGAAUCCAAAGGAAAGCUCUAAAUUUACUUUGAUCAAAAACAGACAAAAACCCAAACAUAGUGGGGCAAAAGAGGGCGAAGAAGAGCUGAAGGAGAAGAGGAACACCUUAAAUCGAAGUGGUGGAAUCAAACGCAAGCAAGCAGACGCAAUGGAAAGCAACUCUGACGACGAGGACAAAGUUUUAGCUGUGACCACAUCUGGGGGGAAAAGAAUGCGCAUUAGUAAGGAGGAUAAGAAAGACCAGAGAGGAAAUGAAGAGUGUCGCAGACAACUUCUGACACAUCUGGAGAAACUGGGUUUUAAAACACUCCACCUACCCGAUGAUCCGCACCUCUGCGCUAUUUUUGCAUCCUGUUUGAGCUCCCAGCCCAGAGUUAUCCUUAAAAAACUGUCUGUGAUGUCUCCAAAAACCCAUGGAAGAAGAGGAAAGUCCUCAGUGAAGGAAGGAGAGGAUCAGAGCAAGAGUUUAGCAACGCGUCGAACAAGAAGCCAUUGGAUGCCUGAAUGCCUGGCCCUGGAUGAUAAAGAAAAUCAUCCCGUGUUGAGUUCGAGUGGCUCUUCUCAGCAGCGGAUGAACACAGAGACGGGAGCUCUUCACGGAGACGGCAACGAUUAUGUAGCUGAUUCUGAGGAUGAGGCGACAAAGAACUUCAAAAACAGGCUCUUUAACAAGCGCUACUAUAGGACCAAAUAUGGCACAUAUGUUCCAACUCUGAGGGAGUUCUGGAAACCUGGUGUGACCCGGCGAGACUUGUUAUCUGCUGGCAGCAAACAGAGGUGCUGAAAUGAACUUUAAAAUGCUGUUUUGCAGCAGCCACUGCAGCUCCGGGACACCUGAACUAUCAUGGAAAACAAGUCUCAUAUAGCACUGUGGCUUUUUAUGCAGUUUAUUGUUAUCAUUAUUGUUGUAUUGCAGUUUACAUGAGUAAACACAUAGCUCUUAAUGUUAUCUAAUAAAGUCUUUAAAUGAGAAAAACAAUCUCAGGGUAUUACUUUGCAU